AUGUGGCGUUGCAAUGUCAUAAACACUGAUGGUGAGAGAGAAUUCACGCCUAUUCCUAGCAAUCAGGACACUGAAGUUGAAUCUCCAGCAUGUCCUGAAGAGUAUGAUGCAAUAGGCAAAGUUCCACACCAAAGGAAGCUUCAUAAGAUAAACGAUUCGGUGAAGUUUGUCUUCCCCUGCAUAAUUGAAGGUAUGGAAUUUUCUGACUCUCUAUGUGACACAGGAGCGAAUGUGAAUGUGAUGUCUAAAGAAAUUGCAACCGAGAUGGGGAUAUGUGAUAUCAAACCUCCUCACGGUAAGUUUGGAGACAAUUCAAGCACGAUUCCAUAUGGUUUCGUAACGGAUUUGAUGGUGCAAGUAGGAGGGUGUCUUGUUCCUGUUGAUUUUCACAUUCUUGAGAUGGAAAAUGACUCUCCCAGGGCGUUAAUAUUUGGAAGUUCAUUCCUUGCAAUAGUGGGGGCAGUUUUUGAUUAUCCCAACCGAAGAGUUUGUUUUUCUAAAGUCAAAAAGAGAAUCUUCUAUCCUGCAGUCUGUAGUGGUAGAAGCUCUUACUGUAUAACCAUCUACAAGGAAGAGAAGUUGAUUCUAGACCCUGGAGAUAACAAGGGAAGGUGCCAACACGUUUCUAUACAAGCCCCGUUAGUCGAGCCUAAGGGAGUUGUCGAGUUGAGAAAAUCAAAGCACAAAGCAAGGAAGUCUAAGCGCAAAUCCAAUAAAUCUAAGGGCAAAGCUACCUCACCUGGUGCAAGCUCGACAUCGACCUCUCAAGACCCUAUUGGAGACGUGGAGAAAGAUGGUAAUGCUAAAGUAAUCACCCCAGAGACACGUCCAGCCCCGCCUCCAAAAGCAAAACCUUCCGAGCUUCAUUGGUUUAUGCAUAUCGCGAAUUACCUAGCAGCAGACGUCGAACCGCCACGAUUCUUCGGCUACAACAAAAAGAAGUUCUUGCGUGAUAUAAAAAGGUACUUUUGGGAUGAACCAUAUCUUUAUAAGCAGUGUGCAGAUAACUUGUUUCGCAGGUGCAUCUCCGAAGAAGAAGUUCCAGAAAUCCUUUUUCAUUGUCACAGAUCUAACUAUGCUGAACACUUUGCUACUGAUAAGACUGUAGCGAAGGUUUUACAAACUGAUUAUUGGUGGCCUACCAUGUUCAAGGACGCCCAUAAAUUCGUAUCUAAGUGUGAUGGUUGUCAAAGACAAGGGAACAUCAGCAAACGAAAAGAGAUGCCACAAAACUUCAUUCAAGAAGUCGAAGUUUUUGAUGUUUGGGGAAUCGACUUUAUGGGUCCUUUUCCUUCGUCUUUUGGAAACAAGUACAUCCUUGUUGCUGUUGACUACGUGUCUAAGUGGGUAGAAGCCAUAGCCAGCCCCACAAAUGACACAAAAGUAGUAAUGAAGAUGUUCAAGUCGACCAUAUUUCCAAGAUUUGGUGUUCCGCGACUCGUCAUCAGUGAUGGUGGUUCUCACUUCAUCAACAAAGUGUUUGAGAAUCUAUUGAAGAAAAAUGGAGUGAAACAUAAGGUAGCUACACCUUAUCACCCACAGACAAGUGGCCAAGUGGAGGUAUCAAACAGAGAACUCAAAAGAAUUUUGGAAAAGACAAUAGGACCGACAAGAAAAGAUUGGUCAGCAAAGCUCGAUGAUGCUCUUUGGGCAUAUAGAACUGCGUUCAAAACCCCAUUGGGUACUACACCUUUUCAACUUGUUUAUGGUAAGGCUUGUCAUCUUCCAUGGGAGUUAGAGCUCAGAGCAGAAUGGGCAAAAAGAAAGCUGAAUUACGAUAUCCAGACGGCAAAUGAGUUAGACGAGAUUCGCCAUAACGCCUAUGAGAAUUCUAAGAUCUAUAAGGAGAAGACGAAGGAGUUUUAUGACAGGAAAAUAGUUCAUAAGACGUUCUCACCUAAUGACCAGGUUCUACUUUAUAACUCACGUCUAAAAUUGUUUCCCGGAAAGCUUAAAUCUCGAUGGUCUGGACCUUUCAAGAUCAAAGAAGUUUUACCCUAUGGUGCUGUGGUUCUAUGGAACCGUCAAGGAGGCGAUUUCACUGUCAAUGGACAACGUCUUAAUCCAUAUCUUGUAGAUAUUCAAGAAGAAACAGAGGAUCCAAUCUCCUUAGCAGAUGCGCAUAAUGCCUAA